AGAGAGUGAGAGGUGAGAGGGGAAAUUAGUAAGGUGAGUGAGCGGUAGCGUGAGGGAGUGAGUGAUGGCGGCGCCGUGCGGGGCGGCCGCCGGCCCCGUACCGCUCACUCCGACUCCAUUUUGAAAGACAAGAGGAGCUCACGCAUUCCAUCUCUGAAGAAACAUGGAGGACAGUGCACCAGAUGGCCCAACCGGAGGACAAAAUUCGACUCCCCACAACGGCUUCCGUGGCCGCGGUGGCUUUAGAGGGGCACGAGGUGGGGGAUUCCGUGCAAGAGGUGCCCCAGGAUAUUCAGGAGGCCCAAUGCGUGGUGGGUUUCGUGGCAGAGGAGGGUUUCGUGGAAGCCGUGGUGCACCAGACAGUGGGUACCGGGGCAGCUUUCGAGGCAAUUUCAGAGGUGGUUUCCGAGGCAAUACUUAUGGACAGACUCGAGGUGGUGGCUUCCGUGCUCGUGGAACAGGUGCUCCUCGUGGUAGUUAUGGUGGUGGUGGAUAUGGGGAUGGUGGCUACAGGGGUGGUGGCGGCUACAACAGUGGUAGCUACCGAGGAGCACCAAGAGGUCGUGGUGGUGGUGGCGGCGGCGGAUACGAAGGGGGAUAUCAGAAGAGAGGGGCGUCGCGUGGUUCAUAUGGCGGCCCUCCCAUGAAGCGGCCCAGGAUGGAUGGGGAGAGUGGCUUCAGUAACAGUGGCUAUGGCGGCGGAUACAGUUCUUCUAACUAUGACAACUAUGGUGGCAGCAGCUAUAACAGUACUCCAAACUACAGCAGCAGUGGAUAUGAUAACUACAAGUCAAAUUCGGGCUAUGACAGUACCUACGGGGGCGGCCAAAGUUAUGGGGCCAGUAGCAACUACGAUAGUUACGACAGCAGGGGUGGGUACAGCACGUCCCAAAACUACAACAAUGGUACGUACUAAGCCCUUUACACAAACCAAACACUGCCAGGUUGCACGUGGAAGGAACUAAGUACGUACAGCAAGGUUUGGACGUUAGUGGGGAGCGAGUUCUAUCAUAUGCUGUCUCGAAGUGGGACUUGAUUGGUGCUGUGUAACAACAAAGUCAAAAUACUAAAUACGACAGUGGAGUCAUAGAAAUAGUUAAGAAUAGAAGUGAAAAAUGAGAAGGAAAAUAAAGGAUGCCCAAAAAAAGAUGAGAAACUGAAAGCAGAACAGGUAACCAAUGUUUAUAACAAGAUGAAACUUAACAAAGGCCCAACAUGAUAUACAGAGAAAGUACCAUAUUUACAGACAUUUUUUCUGGGUUUAUUAAAUGGAGUGAAAAAUCCAUAGAAAUGAAGCAGUCAUUAGAUAUUCAGUGACAAGACAAUAUUUCAGCAGAAUGUAGUGAAUGGUGAAUGGCUUCUUAAAUAUCUUAAGAAAAAAAAAAAGUCCUGUAUGUCCUGUGGAGACUGAUAUGAAUUUUUGAAUUAUCUUGUGUUUGUAAUUGUUCAUUGACCAACUGGGGUAUUAGGGUAAUAAGCUACUAAUGUAUUCGCAUUAGGUUAGUAUAAACCUAAUUGUAUAAAAAUGACCAUAGGCCAGUUUUUUAUCCCUAAAGAUAAUUAAUUUCAAUUAUGCUGUAUUUUGUCAAGAGGGUACAUUUAUUUUUUAUACUGGAAGUAUAUAUCAGUAGUUGAAUUUAAUUCAAGUGAGCUCCUUUUGUCUUUCGUAAAAAAUAAAUAAAAAAUAAGAUACACAAAAGCAAAGAAAAAGUUUGACAAAGAUAAGGCCAUGGUCAUAAUGUAAUGUCUGUCCUUUGUAUUAAGCAAAUGCUGCUAGCAAAUAGGCUUGCAGUUCUUCAAGUACAAUAAAACCUACAAGUCAUA